UCAUUGUGCGUGUUAUGUUGUGUGUCCGCCCCCCUGUCUUUCAUUUCCUGAAUCCAGCUCCUCUAAUUCACAGCGACAUGGGAAUCAAACGCCCACUAAUGCACUGAAAACUGCGAGAUGUCGAGAGAAGCUCCAGCCCGCUGCGUUCUGACGACAUCCACCAAUGGGCUGCUGAGGGUGUGGGCGGGGCCACGAUGAGUGCAGAGCUGCUAUUGGAGGAGACACUCUUCAAGCGUUCGCAGCAGAAGAGGCGGACGUCACCACUGAACUACAAGGAGAGACUGUUCGUCCUCACCAAGAGCCGGCUGACGUACUACGAUGGAAAAGCAGAGAAGAAGUCCAAGAGAGGCUCGAUCGAGCUGAGCCGCAUCCGAUGUGCCGAGAUCGUGAAGAACUUCGGAGAAAUCAUCCCCUGCCAGAACAAAUACCCCUUUCAGGUGGUGUACGAUGCCAACACUCUCUAUGUGUUCGCUCCGAGUCAAGACAGCAGAAGUCUCUGGGUCCAGAGCCUCAAAGAGGAGAUCAAAGACAACCCUGUGGUCUCGGCCAAGUUUCACCCUCAGUUCUGGCAGGAAGGGGCGUGGCUCUGCUGUCGCCAGGCGGAAAAACAGGCUCCGGGCUGCGAGGAGUACAACUUGUUUGGAGACAUUUCCAGAAAACCUUUACCCCCGAUUCCUGGUGAGGUGCGUAACGAGAGGCAACGACGGCCCCCUCCUCCUCCUCUCCCUCCGCCCGCUGAUGAUGAUGGCGAGGAGGAAGAGGUGGUGGUGGCGCUGUACGACUUCCAGGGCACCGAGCCGCACGACCUGAGUCUGGUCAAAGGAGGAGAGUACGUCAUCCUGGACAAGUGUGACGUCAACUGGUACAAAGCGCGCAACAAGUAUAACGAGGAAGGCUACAUCCCAAGUAACUAUGUAACAGAGAAGAAAUCCGGAAACUUGCAGCAGUUUGUUUGGUACAGUAAACAAGUGAACCGGAACAAAGCAGAGGAGCUGCUGAGGAAAGAGGACAAAGAAGGCGCCUUCAUUGUCAGAGACUCCAGCACUCCAGGAACCUACACCGUCUCUCUCUAUGCCAAGUCUGCUGCCGGGGAGGGAAGCGCAGCUAUAAAACAUUACCACAUCAAGAAGACCCAAGGCUCGCCUCCACAGUUUUACCUUGCUGAGAAACACUUGUUCAGCUCUAUCCCCGACCUGAUCGAGUACCACAAACACAACGCAGCAGGUCUUGUUGCCAGGUUGAGGUAUCCUGUAGGGAAACAGGAAAAGUCCGCUCCGUCCACCGCCGGCUUCAGCUACGAGAAGUGGGAGAUCAACCCCAGUGAGCUGACGUUCAUGAAGGAGCUGGGCAGCGGCCAGUUCGGUCUGGUGAGGCUCGGCAAGUGGAGGGCUCAGCACCGAGUGGCCAUCAAGGCCAUCAGAGAGGGAGCCAUGUACGAGGAGGACUUCAUCGAGGAGGCUAAAGUCAUGAUGAGACUGUCUCACCCUAAACUGGUGCAGCUGUACGGAGUGUGCAGCCAGCAGAAGCCCAUUUACAUCGUCACAGAGUUCAUGGAGCACGGCUGCCUGCUGAACUUCCUCCGGCAACGGCGGGGCAGCUUCAGCCUGGGGUGCUUGCUAAGUAUCUGCCUGGACAUAAGCGAGGGCAUGGAGCACCUGGAGGCCAACGGCUUCAUCCACAGAGAUCUGGCUGCCAGAAACUGUCUGGUGAACGACUCUCUGGUGGUGAAGGUGUCUGACUUUGGCAUGGCCAGGUACGUGUUAGACGACCAGUACACCAGCUCGUCCGGAGCCAAGUUUCCAGUGAAGUGGUCGCCUCCUGAAGUCUUCAACUUCUGCAAAUACAGCAGCAAGUCGGACGUCUGGUCCUUUGGUGUGUUGAUGUGGGAGGUUUUCACUGAGGGCCGCAUGCCGUUCGAACAGAGUCAGAACCACGAGGUGGUAACCUUGGUUACCAAGGGUCACCGCCUCUACAGGCCCAAAAUGGCCACGCCCGCUAUCUAUGACAUCAUGCAGAUCAGUUGGCAUGAGAGACCCGAGGAGCGCCCGUCAUUCGCUCAACUCUGCCUGAUGAUCUCCGACGCUCUCGAGGGUGACACCGCUCCCCCAAACUGAUCACCUGACCAAUCGGCUGCUUCGACCAUGUUGGCGCCUAAAACUCCUGCUCCGUGGAAAACCUGCCAUUCCUUUUACGGUGUUUUGGCAGUUUCUGUCCAAAGUACAGCACAACAACAUGGAGAACACGGUGUAAUGGUUCUUACAGCGUCUGGAACUGACCAAUCAGAUGGAGAGGAUGGAACCAAUCACACCAGCUGGAGUCCCACUCAUCCACCAAUCACGUUUAUUUAUCCAAUCAAGUCACCGGUAACAGCUCACAACCCCCCCGACAUGAAACUGAAGCUGCGUCCACUUCACAAACUGCACCUCAUGUUGGAUUGUUUUUUUGGACGACUGUUCCUGUUUUUGAUGACGAGUCCGACACCAACAUUGAUGGACAGCGAUGUAGAAAACACAUAACAGGCUCUUGUUAAAGGAAAUAUUAGCUCAGUAAUCUUCAAACAAAUGUUUCACCUACCUGUCCGUGGGUUUGGCCUCUAAGUCAGACAUUAGGCUAAUGGCGCUUACCCACUGCUAGUACCAGCUCUACUCGGCUCUACUUGACCACGGUGCCCAGUUCUCCAUUUUCCAUCGCAGAUUUAGUCCCGCCUCAUGCGUGAGGCGAGCACGGCUG